AUGAAUUUUUUCGCAAUUUUUUCGUUUCUUUUGUUCUUCUCUUCGAUUUGGAGUAAAAUCGCGGAAAACCAACUUCUGCAGGACGCGCCGCCAGAGGGCGUCUCCGACUCGCAGCAGCCCUCCAACGACUUGGAGCUGGAAAAAGGCUGCGACCGCGCGGGCGCCGAGCCCAUGAGCGUGACGGAGCUGUGCGCGCUUCCCCCGCAUAAGGGCACCGGCAAUGACGACAUCUUCCGCUACUAUUACAACCCCGUCGUCCAGAUGUGUCUUCCCUUCUCCUAUUCGGGCAAAGGCGGAAACUCGAAUCGUUUCGUUUCGGUGAAGAACUGCUACGAGAUCUGUCACCCUUCGGAUCCCAGCGUCAAGAAGCCGCGCGUCGUGUCCGCCAUCCGCGCCUACCUCGUGCCCCACCAGAAGAGCGACUGUCCCAAACCCACGCCAAUCACUGCGCGCGAGUACGUGGUGCGCCACCUCCCGCACCCCCUCAACCCCGCGUACACGCUCAGUAUUGUGCAGAGCGUGCAACACGUCGACCGCCCCAAAGACAUGCACUUCGGCUCGUCUUCGGGCAUCGGAGAGGCCAUUGCCCUCAAGUUCGCGGCGUUCGGCGCACACGUCGUCCUCAGCGGCAAAGACGACCAGAAGAUGUCGUCCGUCGCCAUAAAGUGUCGUCAAAUGUCGUCAACAAUACGAGUGUUGCAAUUCAAAGCGGAUCUGCGCGUCGAAGCGGAGGCGCGCGCUUUGGUCGCGAAGACGAUCGAAAAGUUCGCGCGAAUCGACAUUUUGGUCACAAAUGAAAACUCUUGUGUUUUUCAUUCGGUUUUCGAUCCGAAAAUCAUUCAAUUGUUCGACUCUUCGAUCCAAACGAACGUCAGAUCCGUUCUUCAGUUGAUCUCCAUUUGCAUUCCGUUCCUCGAGACGACCAAAGGCAAGGUCGUCGUCGUGUCGUCGCAGGCGUCGUCCAAACCCGUAAUCCUCUCCUUCUUGUGUACUGUUGCCGUGACAACGCUCUCUCCCGCAGAUCCCCUCCAUGAUGACCUAUUGUUGCGCGAAGUCCGCGCUCGACAUGAUCUCCAAGUGUUUGAAUUGGCGCCGAAAGGCAUUCGCGUCAACUGCGUCAGUCCGGCGCUGACGAGGACUCCACUCCUGAACUACGGCGGUCUGGAGGAGGAGUCGGCCGAAGAGGUGGCGAAGAAGUCGACUCAGCGCAUGCGCUCGUUCGCCGAAGUGGAGGACAUCGCGAACGCCGUGGUGUUCCUUUCGUCGGAGAAGUCGUCGUUCAUCACCGGAACUGUGCUUCCGGUCGACGGAAUGAAUGUUUUUAAUUAAAAACUAAUUAAUAAAAAAGUAUCGAAUUUCAAAAAUGGCGAAA